UAAUUCAGCGUACAACGGUGUUCUUAACAGAUUAACGUGUACGAGUGUCAAUUGAUUGGCGAUCAGUUCACGCAAAGUGUUGAAGCUGUAUAAUUAGCGGAAGAAAUUUCUUAUACAGCGAACGAUAGACGAAGUCGCGUUCAAAAACUAUUAUAAAAUCGCUUCCGUCGAAUAGUAACAUUUAAUCCUAAUAAUUCCCGAAUGGCAGGACGAGGAGUUUGGCGCUGUUAUUCACUCUUGCUUUUCCUGGCGAAAUGUAUAAGCGGUUUUGGUAUCGAACAGUCAUUCACCAUAUAUAUGGAUGUCGGUAACGAUAUUGAAAAUGUCAUAAAAUGGGGCACUACCUGUGAAGCGAAGCAAACUAAUAUGGAAAGUAUUCUACAAAGGAAUAUUUGGGAACUGAAGGAAUCGGAAAGGAAAUUAAAUGAAAAAAUUUCAAAUUCGAAUUCAAAAAUUGCAAAUUUGGAAAAGCGAGUGGAUUCAUUCGAACAAAAAUUAAUCUUAAUGGAAAACACUUUGCAAAGCACAAUUUGGGAAUGCAAGAAGAAAGAAGAGGAAUUGAAAAAUAGCAUUUCAAAAUUGAGCUCUGCAGUGAAUGCGUUAAACUCUAAAUCUGAGAGCAGAGGCCAUGAACGACCACCACUUGAAAGGCCAUCGACUGUUCCUGGGAAUCAUCCAUCCGUCAAUCUACCUACCUUACCUACUUCACCUUCUGGUCCGAAGACAAACGUUCCAGACGUAGGCAGACUAGCUGAACAAGCUUGUGAAAAUACAAAACGAAACAAGCCACCAAUCUUAGCCAUUGAAAAUUUUUACUACAUGGCCAGUAUUGGGAUAAAACGUAUAUACAGUUAUCGUCACCGUUGUAUGGGUGCAUUGAUCGAAAAGCGUUUUGUAAUUGCUACAUCUCAAUGUUUAUCUAAGGUCGACGUUAAUGCGGUACGUUUGGGUUAUGCAAGAAAUGUGGAAGGCAAUGUUAAGAAAGUUCAUUUGCAUCCAAAAUUCUCUAGAUAUUCUAGAGACAACAGUUAUGUUGGUUUGGUUGAAUUGGAGAACGAAUUAUUGUAUUCCGCAAACCUAUAUCCGAUUUGUUUAUGUACAUCUCCAACUAUACCGCUAAAGGACGCUUACAUUUAUUAUGCAUAUUAUGAUGAAACUUCGAAGCUUAGCGCGGGACAAAUUCGUUCUCGAAUUGUCGCUUAUAAAAAUUGUUUGACACUUGGAGAGAGCCACCUGUCUAAUCUAAUAUGUACUGAAAAUGAUAACGGCACAACAAUUGAUAUGUACACCGCUUCUAAUGGACCCAUAGUUCUAUUGGCGAAUGGUAUAAAUGAUAAGGAUAGACUAAUUGCUGUAGAUUCGAAGAGUGAGAAUCGCGACGCUUCUUAUUUUUCCCAUCAAAUUAUUAGUGUCUAUGAUAAUUUGGAUUUCAUUGAGAAUAUUGUUUGGAAAGGUGAAUGAAAAUUUAUUUCAUUUUUUAUACAUAUGUAAAAAUUUAUAUAUUUCUAUACAUCGACGUUUUUUAUACAUAC